AAUUUUUAUAAAUUUAACAAAAUAUAUUCCAAUGGUGUCAUUUUUUGGAUUUGGCCAAUCAGCAGAAAUUGCAAUUCAACUCAAAAAUGAAGAACAACAAAGGACAACUAGAAUAAGAGUUGAUGAUGGACAAUAUGAGACUUUUUAUUUAUUUUAUGAUGGGGAAAAUGUUGAGGGAGAAGUUUUGAUUAAUUUGAAGAAGCCUGGACAAAAAUUGGAACAUCAAGGAAUUCGAAUUGAUUUUGUGGGACAGAUUGUUUAUUAUGAUAGAGGUAAUCAACACGAUUUUCUUUAUCAGUCAAAAGAAUUAUCUAAAGCUGGGGAUUUGUAUCAAAAUACAAAAUUUAAAUUUUGUUUUGCUAAUGCGAGUAAACCGUAUGAAACUUAUAUGGGAUCAAAUGUCAAAUUACGCUAUUUUCUACGUGUCACAAUUAUGAGGAGACUUACUGACAUUGUAAAUGAAAUGGAGAUUGCUGUUCACUCAUUAGCUACUUAUCCAGAUAAUGAUGCUAGUAUUAAAAUGGAAGUUGGAAUUGAGGAUUGUCUACAUAUUGAGUUUGAAUAUAACAAAUCAAGAUAUCAUUUAAAAGAUGUUAUUGUUGGAAAGAUUUAUUUCCUUUUGGUUCGAAUUAAAAUUAAAUGUAUGGAAAUUGCAAUAUUAAAAAGAGAAUCUGUCGGUAACGGUCCAAAUAUUUUUAAUGAAAGCGAUAAUAUUGCAAAAUAUGAAAUUAUGGAUGGAGCCCCUGUUAAAGGAGAAUCAAUUCCAAUUAGACUUUUUCUUGCUGGUUAUGAUUUAACUCCAACAAUGAGGGAUGUUGCCAAACGUUUUUCUGUUCGUUACUUUUUAAAUUUGGUUUUAAUUGAUGAAGAGGAUAGACGAUAUUUUAAACAACAGGAAAUAAUUCUUUGGAGGAGAUUAGAAAAACCUUUUGCUAUUCGACAACCAAUUCAACAACAUUUCCAGCAAUCUCAGGGCCCAACGGCUCGUGCUUCUAUGGGUUCACCUCCAUCCUCUCCUUUACCUACAAAUUCUUCUGUUGAAGAAUUAAUUGAAAAUAAACAACAAGAUGAGGAGGAAGAGGAGGAAGAAUAA